UACAGACUCGACAGGUACGGUGAGCAUAAAAGAGGAGAGCCGAUAAGCACAAUGGCGCCUGAGGAAAGGAUGAAGCAGACAGAGGGCAGUCACAAGGUGGUAACAGCAGCAGCAGCAGGUGGCAAGAUGGCGGUGCUCCACUCUCCGGUCGGAGUGAGGAGCAUCGUGACCUCCCUGGUGGCUUUCUUCAUCCUAGCCAGCUCCGUGGUGUUCCUCCUCCUCGACAGAGAAGCCGGGCUCCAAGAAGAACCGGCGAUAAGAGCCGGCGGCGGCGGCGGCGACGAGGAGUGCAGCUGGUCUCGGGGGCGCUGGGUGUACGACAACGUGUCCCGGCCGCUGUACGACGGGCUCAAGUGCGCCUUCAUCUUCCCCGAGGUGGCCUGUGACAAGUAUGGCAGGAAGGAUGUCAUGUACCAGCACUGGAGAUGGCAGCCUCAUGGUCAUGGAUGCGACCUCCCAAGAUUCGAUGCCAUGAAGCUGCUUGAAGAGCUGAGGAACAAGAGACUGGUGUUUGUGGGUGACUCGGUGAACAGGAACCAAUGGGUCUCUCUCGUGUGCAUGGUGGAGGCCUCGAUACCUGACGACAGGCUCAAGAUGCGCAUCUUCAAUGGCUCGCUCAUCUCCUUCAAGGCACUGGAGUACAACGCGACGAUAGAUUUCUACUGGUCGCCGCUGCUGGUGGAGUCUAACAGCGACAACCCCAUCAUCCACCGGGUGGAGUACCGGAUCAUAAGGGCAGACAGGAUCGAGAAGCACGCCAGCGUGUGGAGGGACGCCGACGUCAUCGUCUUCAACUCUUACCUGUGGUGGAGGAAGCAGAAGGAUGACAUGAGGAUGAAGGUCAUGUACGGUUCAUUUGAAGAUGGUGACGCAAAGCUAGACGAGAUGGAAAUGGCGGAUGGUUUCGAGAUAGCUAUCAAGAAACUGACGGAAUGGCUUGCAAAGAACAUUGACAAGAACAAGACUAGGAUAUUUUUCGCAGGAUCAUCACCAACACAUUCCUGGGCUAGCAACUGGGGCGGACAAGACAAGAACAAGUGCCUGAACGAAACGGAGCCGAUCAGCUACAGACCCGGCGGCGGGUACAAGGCUGCAACCACGGACUACAGCCUGAUGGCCAUGGCCAGGUCCUACUUCCGGCGGACGCUGGAGCCGAGAGGCAUACGCGUCCAGAUACUCAACAUCACGGAGCUGUCCGACUACCGCAAGGACGGGCAUCCCACGGUGUUCAGGAGGCAGUUCGUUCCCCUGACCAAGGAGCAGAUCGCGGACCCGGCCAGCUACGCGGACUGCACGCACUGGUGCCUCCCAGGCGUCCCCGACGUCUGGAACGAGUUCCUGUAUGGCUACCUCACGCAGCAGAGCAAAUGACGAUGCAUUAUUACAAGAAUGGCCUUGUUAUAUGUAGUAGUGUACAGUGCAGUACAGAUUGCCAGCUGCUCCGUUUAGAUUAUUAGGGAUGGACCUGCUGUUACAUGUAGAGAGAGACAGACAGGAGAUCUGUCUUGCCCAACAUUAAUUCUAGUAUCUGUAAAUCUUGUUCUUCUUGUCCAACAUUAAUUCUAGGAUCUGCUGCUAACCAUUUUUUUUGGAUUUAUGUAAACUGAGUGAUUAUCUGAAAUAGAAUGAUCUGAGUUUGCUGUUCCA